AUGAACUCUGGAAGGAGAAAUACUCGUCAGCUCCAUUUCAAAUGUCCUGAAUUGACAGAGUUAAGGAAGCUAGGGUCUUUGGUGGAUUCUUCUCCUGAUUUGAAAGACCGGUAUAGAAGAAUUCUGACUGUGUUGAAUACUGAUGCAGAAGACGAAGUUUUAAACACCUUGGUACAGUUUUAUGAUUCAGUGUAUAAGUGUUUCACUUUCCCUGAUUAUCAGCUUGCACCUAGUUUGGAAGAGUAUUCCUAUUACAUAUACUUUCCUCUAUCAUAUCAGAUACCAUUCAGUGGUUUAGAGGAGAUUCCUAAGUCUCGUGUCAUUGGAGAGUCUGUGCUUUUGAGAAAAGGAGAUAUUGAUGUUAAUCUUGUGACUAAAGGAGUUAUUCUUGGUCUACCUACUAAGAUAUUGAUGGAGAAGGUUGCUACUCUGGUUAUUUCUAGGAGUAUGAUUGCUUUCGAAGUUGUUCUCACUUUGCUUAUCUAUGGCAUAAUCUUGUUCCCUAAUGUUGACAACUUUGUGGACAUCAGUGUUAUUCGUAUCUUUCUGAUUCAGAAUCUAGUUCCUACUUUGCUCGUAGAUACUUACUAUUCUAUCCAUCAUAUAAUAGAGAAAAACAGAGGAGCUGCUAUGUGUUCUGCACCUUUACUGUACAAGUGGUUUAGUUCGCACUUGCCACAUUCCAGCUUAUUCAAGGACAAUAAGGAGUGUUUGAGGUGGUCUCAGAGGAUUAUGUCUCUCAUCAACACAUAUGUGACUUGGUAUUAUAGAGUUUAUGAUAAUGUGAAUAUCAUUGACAUUUGUGGUAAAUUCUAUAAUCAUAAGAUUCACAGAAAAGGAAAGGUUGGAUUAGGAAAUAAAGAUUGUGUUGCCUUGGGGACUUACACUCGGUGGGUGCAAGCAAGAGCUCCUAAGAUCAAGAUGCCUUAUCCUCCUGAAGAACCUAUGUUCCCUAAAGUCAUAGGAUCUAUUACUGCUCCAGUUGAAGAUCUGAAAGGUCUACAAGUUUCUUUAGCUCAAAUGAAUCAAGAAAGAGAUGCUCGGGAGAUAAAGUUUCAUGUUUCGAAUGCAGAGAUGUUAGAACUACAAAAGUAG